CGUCGCGGACGUACCGUACGACAGCCCCCUCAAGACAUCCCUCAAAAUGCCCAGCAGCAAAGUCAAGGCCUACGAGCUCCAGUCAAAGUCGAAGACCGACUUGACCAAGCAACUUAAUGAGCUCAAGACCGAGCUUCUUUCGCUGCGCGUACAGAAGAUUCUUGGUGGCUCGGCCUCAAAACUCACCAGAAUCAACAUUGUGCGCAAGUCGAUUGCACGGGUCUUGACUGUGAUAAACCAGAAGCAACGCCAAAACCUCCGGGAAUUCUACAAGAACAAGAAAUUCCUCCCUCUUGAUCUCCGGCCAAAGAAGACACGCGCUAUUAGACGGAGACUGACCAAGCACGAGGAAUCAUUGAAGACGCUUAAGCAAAAGAAGAAGGAGACACACUUCCCCAUUCGCAAAUAUGCCGUCAAGGCAUAAGCGUGAAUGUGUUGUUGGCUGGGUGUGAGAGGGCCCGUCAUCAUGCUGGAGAUUUUCUGUUUUUGCAUUUUUAUAUUUGUAUGCCCUACGCCUUGAUCAACUCGACAUGCAUGCUAUGCCAUGACUCCUUUCCCUGGAAGUUGAUCCAGCAUACUUCUUUGAGACAAAUGCACCUAUUGUGGCUUGACUAUUGUAUGAUCGG